UCAUUUGAAAAACGUUGUUGACAAAUUUUAUCGCCUUUUCUUUGUGCACAUUCAUAUAAGUUUUGUCUGCCCAGUUACAUCCAGACUGAUGCCAUACCAUGGCUGGUACCAUGGUCACAUACCCAGAGAGGUGUCUGAGUCUCUGGUUUUGCGAAACGGUGAUUUCCUUGUGCGAGACUCCCUGACCAAUGUUGGUGAUUAUGUUUUGACCUGUCGAUGGGACAAUGAGGUGGUCCACUUUAAGAUCAGCAAAGUUCUGGUGAAAUCAAAUGAGACUAAGGUGCAGUACGUGUUGGAGUCAGACAGCUUCGACUCUGUUCAGGAGCUUGUGCGCUUUUACGUGGGCCAACGCAAAGCCGUCUCGCAGUCCAGCGGCGCCCAUAUCUACUGUCCCGUUGGCAGGACUCUACCACUGCGCUACUUGGAGGCGACCUUCGCCCUGUCCAACAGCAAGCACAGCUCCGCCUACUCGCCAUCCAGCCAGAGGGGGGCGUACAUCAAGCGGCGAAGUGUCACCAUGACGGACGGGCUGACGACAGAAAAGAUGAUGCCUCACAGUGAUUCAGACAGCCCCAGUCCAGUUGAGACACCGUUGGCCCCACCAGAGCCAGAGCCGGAGCCUGUGUCCGAAUGCAGCCCAUCAACCAUCCACCACCAUAAAGACGCAAUGCGCAAUUGUGCAAUGAGUAUGGACCAGAUUCAGGAGUACCGCUGCCCCUUGUCGCCUGUCGGGGAAACCCCGCUGUCUCCUGCGUAUAGUGCUGUCACUAGGCAGAGAGCCCACUCAGGCGGACGGGCCCUAGCUGUCGUCCCUCCCUCCCCUGUGAUGCGCCGUUCCAGCGACCCUCAGCUCAGCCCCUUGGACGGCAGCGCUCCCGCUGAAUAUCCCACGCAAACUUCUCAUUCAGUACACUCCUCACCUGCCCAUCAUUCCGCCUAUCAAUCACAGCCGUUGGAGACGGCUGGAAGUUACUGUGACCUCAGACCCUGCCCCUGCGGGCCACCCAAACCCCCAACUAAGAGCUACGUAGAGCGACUGCGAGUUGAAGAAUUGAGGAAAGGUGAAGGCAGAGAAGGAGACGGAACAUCUGUUGCCCCAUUGGUGGAGUCAACCUCCUUAUUCAGGCCAUCCAGGUAUGAGUCUAAUCUACUUCCUGCUGAAAAUAAGCCUCUGGAGAUGUCAGUCCUGAAGAGAGUCAAAGAGCUGCUGGGUGAAGUCGAUGCCAGUACUGCAGCUAAACACAUCACACUCGUCGACUGCAAGGUUGCUAGAAUAUUAGGUGUAACAACAGAGAUGCAAAGGAUGAUGGGAGUUUCCUCAGGAUUGGAGUUAUUGACUUUACCACAUGGGCAUCAGCUGAGACUUGACCUGCUGGAGAGGUUCUACACCAUGUCUAUCAUGAUGGCUGUGGACCUCCUUGGCUGUACAGGAAGUACAGAAGAGAGAGCGGCCCUGCUCCAUAAGACCAUCCAGUUAGCAGCAGAAUUGAAAAGUAACCUGGGAAACAUGUUUGGUUUUGCGGCUGUGAUGAGAGCCCUGGAGAUGCCACAGAUUUCCCGCCUGGAUCAGACAUGGGUGACUUUACGCCAGAGACAUACAGAGGGCGCUAUUCUGUACGAGAAGAAACUCAAACCAUUCUUGAAAAACAUGAAUGAUGGCAAAGAGUCCAGUCUCAUGUCCGGCACCUCCUUCCCCCACAUCCUCCCAGUCCUGUCUCUACUGGAGCGAGGCGCUGCCGUCGGGGAGGUGCUCGAACCUUGGGAAAGCUCUGAGGCCGGUGUGGACGUGGUCAUGCACCACCUAGAGGCUGCACGUACCAUUGCACAUCACGGGGACAUCUACAAAACAACUGCUGAGACCAAGCUGCAGGGACUCCAGGAGCGAGCCGAGAUACACGAUGUCUUCCAGACUGAGUUUCAGAUGCGUCUGCUGUGGGGCAGCCGUGGGUCCGAGGGCAACCAGUCGGAGCGCUACGAGAAGUUUGACAAAGUUCUCACAGCUUUGUCGCACAAACUGGAGCCACCUGUGCGCCACAGCGAGCUAUAGCAUCAGUCCUAAAACUCCAGAUCGCCAAAACACUUGUUGCACUUACCACUCCCAGUGGUAUGGUUUUAUUUUGUGUCGGAAGAGGGCAUGAUGAUGUGAAAGAAGCAGAAAUGAAUGAGGAGGCAGCUAAAAGUCCACGAGGAGAUUUCUUUACUUAGAACAAGUGUGGCACUCACUGUGGAAAUGAAAAAAAAAAUUUGUGUAUACCUCCCUGUGGACUAACCUGCUAAAAUAUUUAAAUCUGAGGGAAAAGCUGUUCAAUGGGAACAUGUGUACGGUGGGCUCUGAGGGCCAAACAAAGCCGCGAAAUUCGUCUUCGCUCCAGUAAAACUCACUUACGACUACUGUCACAAACUAUAGCCAAGAUAACCGUAACGUUUUACAUAGCUCUCGAGAUGUUUAGUCUGUGUGAGUAUGAGUGCAUCGACAAGCCUACUCCUCCAUUUUUGUUUCUGUUCUUUUAUUUAUUUGUUUUUUUUAAAAUAAUAUCAAAACACUGUGGCCACAUCUACAUGAAACUUAUCUCUCAGUGCUAAUCACGAAGGAACCCUGCUAAUAAGACCUCAUUUGAUAUGGAUCACGCAAUCCCAUCUAGUCCUAUUAAAAAUGUACCAGGCAUGCAUUAAUAAAUGCAGAUUUAAUGCAACAACUUGAAUGUGAAAACUCAGUGUGGACAAAGUGACCUUUCGUCUUAUCUGGCUGGUUAAUAUAUUUGAUAUUGUGGAUUGUGGAUCAUGUACCAGUACUCAAAAAGUAUCCAAAAGCAGCAUCAUGACGAACACUACCUGAGAAUGUAUUCAUUUUAAAUUUAAUUAAAGCAAUGUUUCACUUAUUUGGGAGCAGUUAUGAACAUGUUACAGUUUAUAAAGCUUGCCAAAACAGUUGAUGCAUGCGGCUGUAAAUGUUGCACAAAGUUUAAUGUUGCUUUAAUAACAAUUUAAACACACGUGUCAAAUAUAUAAAGUACUGAAAGGAUCCAGUGAUAAUGUACUGUUUAUGUGGAGAAAUGUUAAUGGGACCCACAAGGCAGAGAAAGUACAAGUCCGUCUCAGCAAAUAAGUUAAUUUGUUUUUGUAAUCCAGUUCAAAAAGUGACAGAUUUUGGAUCUAAGUAUGGCAAGAAAAUGUCUAGUGGAAGGAAAAUGUUUAAGAAAAAAGAAGACAAGCUGCAGGGAUAUUUGCAGCAUUUUGGAGUUGGAUGUAAUCUGUGACUGGAGUGAGUCUUCCGCUUCAGAUCAUAGUUUUUCAAUAAGCACACAAUGAUGGGCAAAGUGUGUCUUGAGAAGGUUGCUGAACAAAAUGAUGCGGCCCACAAACUGCAGCCUUCAUCUGUGUAAGAUGUGGUAUUUUCUCCUAGGGGAAACUUUAUAUGCUGCCUUGAACUUGGUGAUGCCAAUUUCCUGCAGGUGUGCGGUCCAAAUGCAUUGAGUGCUUUAGAUACAUGCACAGUUAUAAUAGUCCAUGCUCAACAUGUUUUGAUGGUAAUCAGAUUUUGCUGAUUAACCUUUUUUGCAAACACUGAAUUAUGACACAGUGUCACUUUUUGAGUUAAAUUACAGAAAUAAAUUCAUCUUAAGAUAAUGUAUUUUACAAAGAUGCAACUGUAUGUCAUGUUUAAUUUAUGUUUAGCUUGAAUGAUGGCUGUAUGUUUUUCAAUUUAUGUUUCAACAGUAGAGCUAAAAUAAUUGGAACAUCUGUUUUAUUUUAAGGUAUUUUUGCUGUAAACUGGUCUGAGAAGGCUGUCGGCGUCUCUCAGAGCUAUGCAAUCGUUUCAGCUGGGAACUCUCAAGAUAUUUAAGGAACUUUACUUUUCAAGUAGGUAAUUGGAGAUAUCACGCCAGAUAUCAAAUCAACUUUUUCCUGAAAGUGAUGCAUCUACCCCCACUGUUGUGUAUUUGAACUUUUCUGUGGAUGUUGGAUCCAUGAUCUAUUCUGGAGAGUUGGUACCAGGUGCCACUUCCAACAGGAGAGGGCGCACUUUAGUCAGCAAAAAAAAAAAAAAAAAAAAAAAAGAAAGAAAAAAGGAAUAAAGACCUUACACCGAGGCAGGGACAAAUUACACAGAUCUUGCUUGUUUUGUGACCAAGAUGAUACCUACUGGUUUAGGUUUCACUGACAUGAUGAUGAUGUGAAGUGCUUUUAUUUGUAUGAAGUAAGCAAAAAAAAAAAAAGUCAAGAAAUGAUUCAUGACUAAUCUCAUGUUUUUUUUUUCUUUUUUGUACUGUACAUAAUAAUUCCCUUUUUUUCAAAUAAAACAAAUGCUUGUGUGGAUGUGUUUGAUUCUUUUAAGAAAAAUAGUAAAAUGCAAACAUUUAUACAGUCAGUUAUUCUAAACAUUUCCUUCUUAUUCUAAUCUGAUGUCUGACUCUGAUGGCAGUUAUUUUGUUUUCACAAAUCUUAGGGAAAACAUUUUUGAGGUAGUCCAUUGCUAUCUAUGUCCUCAUUACUUAUCAUGGUAAAAAUGUAUAAAAAAUCUGUCAGAUAAAUGCAUGCUUUGCAUAUAUAAGCACUCACAAUUUUAGAAACAUCUAGUCUUCAAUUUUGAUAUACUGGCUGAUAAUUGUGACACCAAUUAUUUUAUUGAAAUCAUUUAUUUCAUGACCAUUAUGAGAGUUAAAACCUAAUAGCUGAUAAAAGGGAAGGUUUUUUUACAGCUGUACUUGAGAUUAAAGACUCCAGACAGUAGACAAAUACAACAGCUCCUCAGUUUACUUGCGCAGUACCAUAAAUAGUACCAAUACCACGAUUUCUUCAGAUGAUGUGAUCUUAAAAAUGAUUUAUUAAAAAAAAAGUUGGGAGUUGCUGGAUUAUUUAGCUAAUGUCGUCAACCAUAGUGGUCUCUGUGUUUUAUUUAACAAAAUCU